AAGACAAAAUGGAGAUACCAGAAGAGUAAGAGAUGGUCAGUACUAGUCAGAGAAAUGAUACUUUCUGUUUUCUUCUAUAUGUUUUUGCUGAAUGUUUGUCGAUUAGAUUGCUUUGUUUCAGUUAAAGACUCCAUGACAUUGAUCAAAGGUUCAACAUUGAUCAAUGAUAGCCAUGGAGACACUCUUGUUUCAGCUGGUGAUAGAUUUGAGCUCGGCUUCUUCACUCCUAACGGAAGCUCCGACGGAAGAAGAAGGUACUUAGCUAUUUGGUUUUACAAUUUACAUCCACUUACUGUUGUCUGGGUUGCAAAUCGUGAAGCUCCGGUUCUUGAACGUUCCGGCGUUCUCACUAUCUCUAAAGACGGGAAUCUUGAAGUCACUGAUUCAAAGGGAAGAGUGUAUUGGGACACUGAUGUUGAACCUUCCUCCUCGGUCUCUGCGCAGAGAUCUGUAAAGUUGAUGGAUAAUGGCAAUCUUGUGUUGAUGAGAGACGGAGAUGAAGCAAAUGUGGUUUGGCAAAGUUUUCAGAAUCCCACUGAUACGUUUCUUCCAGGGAUGAGGAUGGAUGAGAACAUGACUCUAUCAUCAUGGAGAAGCUUCAACGAUCCAUCACCUGGAAACUUCACCUUUGAGAUGGAUCAAGAAGAAGACAAACAGUUCAUCAUUUGGAAAAGAUCAAUGAGAUACUGGAAAACCGGAAUCUCCGGUAAAUUCAUCGGAUCCGACGAGAUGCCUUAUGCAAUCUCCUACUUUCUUUCCAACUUCACAGAGACUGUAACCGUUCACAAUGCCUCCGUGCCUCCUCUCUUCACAUCGUUGUAUACCAAUACACGGUUUAUCAUGAGCUCCUCUGGUCAAGCUCAGUACUUCAGGUUAGAUGAGGAAAGACUCUGGGCACAGAUUUGGGCUGAUCCUAUAGACCAAUGCAGUGUCUACAAUGCUUGUGGAAAUUUCGGUAGCUGCAACAGCAAGAACGAGGAAAAGUGCAAGUGUUUGCCAGGUUUCAAGCCUAACUUCCUGGAGAAAUGGGUCAAGGGAGAUUUUUCUGGUGGAUGUUCAAGAGAGUCAAGAAUCUGUGGUAAGAACGGUGUUGUGGUGGGAGACAUGUUCUUGAAUCUUAGUGUGGUUGAAGUAGGAAGUCCAGAUUCGCAGUUCGAUGCACAUAACGAAAAAGAAUGCAGAGCAGAGUGUUUGAACAAUUGCCAGUGUCAAGCUUACUCAUAUGAAGAAGUUGAUACCAAGUGCUGGAUUUGGUUAGAGGAUCUCAACAAUCUCAAAGAAGGCUACUUAGGUUGCCGUAACAUAUUCAUCCGUGUAGCAGUUCCUGAUAUAGAGUCUACAAGUAGAGAUUGUGUGACUUGCGGCACGAAUAUCAUUCCUUAUCCUUUGAGCACGGCUCCUGGAUGUGGAGACAGUAACUACUUUAAUUUCAACUGCAAUAUGUCGACUGGUCAAGUCGUUUUCAGAGGAUCUUCUAACAUUUCAUACAAUGUUACAAGUAUCAAUCCGGAUACUCACAGAUUCUUGAUCAAAAUCAAAGAGGUGGUAGUAAACUGCACAGACGAAAAUCAGAUGAGAAGAAUCUCAGAGUUGAAGCUAUCUUCUCCUUAUCAUCUCACGGGGAAGUGCAAUGCAGACAAGAUUACUGGUGGAACUGAAGUGGAGAUUCGUUGGGAUCCUCCUCUUGAGCCAACUUGUGCUUUGUCUGUAGAUUGUAAAGACUGGCCAAAUUCAUCUUGCAGUAACUCUGGAGAAGGGAAGAAACGGUGCUUCUGCAAUCAUGGUUUUAAGUGGGAUGGCUUCAAUCUAAGCUGCACUCAAGAACGAGCUCGUGGAAGAUACGGAGAAGCUAAAACACCUGUCGCUUUGAUCAUUGUGCUGACUUUUACGAGUGCGGCCAUUCUUGUUGUUCUGUCAAGCACUGCUUCUUAUGUUUAUCUGCAAAGAAGAAGAGUAAAUAAGGAAGUAACCUAUAAACACAUGUGUAUAUUAAAUGUGCAGGCGUGGGAUCUUUGGAAAGCGGAAAGAGGGCUUGAGUUACUGGAUCAGGCUCUAGAAGAAACGUGCGAAACAGAGGAGUUCUUGAAGUGCUUGAACGUUGGACUGCUAUGUGUACAAGAAGAUCCUAAUGAUCGACCUAUAAUGUCAAACGUUGUUUUCAUGCUCGGAAGCAGCGAUUCAGCUUCGCUUCCAAAUCCAAAGCAAUCGGCUUUUGUCCUUAGACGUUGUCCUUCAUCAAGCAAAGCUUCUUCAUCUACGAAACCAGAAACUUGCUCUGAAAAUGAGCUUACCAUAACUCUUGAAGAUGGAAGAUAA